AUGAAGCAGCUGCAGAAGCUCCUGCUGUCCCUCCUGCUGGCGACGUGUCCCCCGGCCGAGGCCGGUUAUUCCCGGAAUCGGAUGGAGGGAGGAGGUGAAGCCAAGCGCCACGCGCCGCACCCCACACCCUAUGUGGCCCGCGUGCAAGGAGAGGACAACCACGUCUGCGGAGGCUUCCUCGUGGCCCCGAACUGGGUGGUGACAGCAGCUCAGUGCUACGAACACAAACCUCUGACUGUCAUCCUUGGAGCCCACACAACCCCAAGGAGAGAGGAAAGCUGGCGAACAUUUGAAGUCCAAGAUUAUCACUGCCCAAAAGACUACGAGAGUCCUAAGAAGGGAAAUGACAUCCUCUUGCUGAAGCUGAAAGGCAAUGCCACCAGCAACAACUCCGUUAGGACAAUUUGCUUUGACAGAUCAAAAAAAGUCCUUAGCAAGACUGAGUGCCGCAUAGCCGACUGGUCACAGCAAGCCACUGUCACCAUCAGGACACGAAGGGAGUGCCUCAACCUCAACCCUGGACUUGCCGAAAACUUGAUUUGUGGAGACAGCAAAUCUGCUGGGGUACCUGAGAAGGGCGACGCCGGGGAUCCACUCGUCUGCAACAACAAAGCCUAUGGCAUCUUCUCCUACAAGCUAAACAGUUGGACCAGUGUCUACACAUACAUUGCUCCUUACCUUCCCUGGGUCGACAAGGUCAUGAAGUCAGCAUGA